AUGGAGAAAAGGUUGAACGAGGAAAAAAAGCCCCGUGCACAAGAGAAGGAGAAAACACCAAGGCAACUGCGUCGUGAAAAAAUAGCGGCUGAAAGGCGUCGGAAGGUCGAAAAGAAAAAGAAUGUGCCACAAGAAACUGUUAAUCACGAGGAAGUAGUUAUCGACGGGAUGAGAUGGGUCAAACCCUAUUAUCACUGGUUUUGUACUGAGGCAAGAGAGUCUUGGAUAGGAAAAGAACUUUUUGAGGUGAUGACGUCAGAGUUUGGUGUUUCCAACGAAAAAUCAAGACGUUCGUUGGAACGAGGGGAGUUGUACAUCCAGCGAAACAACGAGAAAGUGAGCACGACCAUAAUCGAAACCAAUGAUUGUGUGUUAUAUCGAAUACAUC